AUGAUAGUUAAUGACUUACCAGAGGGUUUACCAUUUGAUUUAUUACGACGCCUUAUUGCGGAGGAAUGCUGUGAUCGUGUUAAAAAUAUAAAACUUUAUUACGACGGAAAAUUUAUAAAAAGCGGAAUAACACCAAAGAGACUUUUUACAGAUCUCAGUGUUGUUCCGGAGAUUGAUUGUCGUUUUAAGCAUCCUUCUCAGACCACUAAGAUUCAUCUAGGAAAAAGGACAUGCAAGCUCUCACGCACUGAUGAGGUUUCAGUCUAUAUUUAUAAGGGCUCAGAAACACAUAAAGAUACGCAGAUGGAUAACCUAGAACUGAUGAUUGAGAAAGAUGGUGGUGACCCUGAACCUUGCAUUGUUCAAAUCAAUUGGAUCCCUGAAAAACCAAAGAAGCCAUUUUUGGGUGGCUAUAAAAGGAAAUCAGAUCAAAGACUUUUCCAUCACGCCACAUCUCAAACAUUUCCAAAACCAAUCCGACUCCCGCCUGUGCCCAUCUUCUCACGCGAAACACAGACUUAUGAAUUGAGGCAUGCCAAACAGGAUACACUUCAGCAGGCCUCAACAGCAAUGUCGAAACCUGGAUUCUAUGUUUCGAAUUUGGAAGACAAUGUUGUUUCUCCUCGACCAUAUGAAACUGCAGAUGAUCUUGAAAAGCGUCGCAAUCUCUGUGCCCUUAAAAUUCAAUGCUGCGUCAGGCGGUGGCUUGCAAGGCGUAAAGUAGCUCGCCUUCGGAAGCUGCGUGACGAAUACAUCAGAUUUCUUGAAGACAAGGAAGCUGAGUACCAAAGAAGGAAGAUAGAGCGAUUUGAUCGUGACUAUGACCGGAGAGUGCAACCUAAAACCCGGGCCGAUUUUGACCGCAUGUUUAAUGCUCUCGAACAAUGGCGCAAGGGUGAAUUUGACAAGAUAUGUGCCACUUCAAGCAAUCUGUCAACUCAAAAGGCAAGAUUGGGUAUACUUGUUGACAAGGAAGUAGAACUUAUGAAAAGGAUAAUUCAACAACAAAUUAAUAUUUCUAAAUAUGGCAAAAUGCGAGAACAGGAGCAGUAUAUCGAGAAAGCUGCGACCACGAAUCGGUGGACAUCUGCGCAUGAUUUGGAACCUGUUGAAAAGGAUACUCCAGCCACAUUAACUGCGAAGAAACUCCUCAUUUUGUAUGAAAAUCUUAAGUCAAACAGACUUAAUAAGACGGAGCGGAUGGACUUAUUACUUACAGUUAAAAAACUGGCUGGAAGUCACCCUUCUACACUGAGUUGCGAUCUAGUUUCGCUGGUGGAAAGGGAGACUGAGCUAAUGCUGCGAAACAUCCCAUCAUCCAUGCUCGCCGGUCUGCGCAAGCGUAUCUUACAUCGGUUCAUUCAGUUCUGCAAGAAUCCAGAGUACAAUCCUGCGGUGGCUCCACACCUCCCGAUUCCAGACAAAAGUAUCCCUGAUUCGCAUAUCAAACAGUGGGCUGACACACAUCGGUGCAUGUCAUGCGGACGAUAUCUAAGAACAAAAUAUUUUGACGUCAGCGCGCGGGCGACGCAUCUAGACGUCUGCACGUUUUGUUGGCGUCAAGGGAAUCGUGGGCGUGACCGAAUAGAUUUGGAUCCAUACCGUGUGAUCCUUGAGGAACUGCGGAAAACAGAGACGAGACUGAUUAUUGAAGCAAUAGAAGCCAAAAAAAUAGAACUGUACCAAGAGUCACUAAAAGCUCUUGAUGACGCCGUAGAAGAUCAAAUCUAUAGGAAAAAAUUAAAUUACUGCCUCGCCUAUAGACCAGAACUUGAAAGGAGUAGUGAAAAUCAAGAACCUUUGACAGAGACCAAAAUUACACCUGUCUCAGAUCGCUUGGAUUUGCUAGUAAGUGUACAGGACAUUUAUUUCCUCGUGAGCAAAGUAUGGGACAGUCGAUCCGCUCUCUCUGGAUGCUCAGACCUGGGUGAACUGACUCUUUGUCGGUGGAGGGUAAAUGAACCGUGGUCACCGUGGAAUACACUUCUAGUGACGCAAAAAGAAGCUGAGCUGCAUUUCAAACUCAAAGAAAUUCCCCUCGAGUCACUGUAUGCAGACGCAAUACUAACGCAUGUGCGUCAGCGGCUGGUGAUUGCCAAAAAUGCGUUUAUGAGACUGUGUCCAGUGGGACGCGUUCUGACCCGUGAGCGAUGGGAGCUUAGAAAUUUGUUGCGCAACCCCGAGGACACCAAAGAAUACCGGCAGCUAAGGCGACGCAAACUGAAGGACAAUGGUGUGCCGCUGUACUUACUGACGCUAGAACAGCGACACGAACCAUCUAUCCAGCCACCUGAUGUCCUAAUGCCCGUUAUUGAUGGCUACCUGCAGAUGGAAGAUCUGGGAAUUAAACAUCUCGCGGAAAAGUGGCCUUUACCUUGA